CCCAAAACCUAGGCUAAUUGCAUUUCACUCCCUCGUCAGCUCUAACAAGUCUCAGUUUGACGCUCUCUCUCUCUCUCGCCGUCUUCUUCCAUGUCGAUAACCGCCGCCAUAACGCUUCCGCUUACGGCCUCCAGUCGCCGAUCUCUGUCUUCUUCCUUAACCGCUCCGUUCAGAUUUUCUUCUCCUUCGCCUUUAUCUCUGCAACGACGCGCUCUCCAAAUCCCUGCUUGUCCCCCCUUCCGGCGCCCUACUUUCUGCAUUUCGGCUGCUUUGUCAAUGAGCUCUGAAGCUACCGAGAAAGCUUCUCCAGCUUCAUUUCUCGAUCACAAGGAAAGUGGAUAUCUCCACUUCGUCAAGUACCAUGGCCUAGGCAACGACUUCAUAUUGGUUGACAAUAGAGAUUCAACAGAACCUAAAAUCACACCUGAGCAGGCAGUGAAAUUGUGUGAUAGAAAUUUUGGCAUCGGUGCUGAUGGAGUGAUUUUUGCAAUGCCUGGUACCAAUGGCACUGAUUAUACCAUGAGGAUCUUCAAUUCUGAUGGUAGUGAGCCUGAGAUGUGUGGCAAUGGAAUUCGAUGCUUUGCCAAAUUUAUAGGCGAGCUUGAGAAUUUACAUGGCAAGCAAAGUUUCACCAUACAUACUGGGGCUGGCUUAAUUGUUCCUGAGAUACAAGAAAAUGGACAGGUUAAGGUUGAUAUGGGCGAACCAGUUCUGAAGGCAUCAGAUGUUCCCACAAAAUUACCUGCAAAUAGAGAUCAAUCUGUUGUCAAAGGAGGACUGGAUGUAGAUGGAACCACUUGGAAUGUAACAUGUGUUAGCAUGGGAAAUCCUCAUUGUGUCACGUUUGGUACAGGAAGCAAGGAUUUGCUAGUGGAUGAGAUAAACUUAGCGGAAAUUGGUCCGAAGUUUGAAAAUCACAUUAUGUUCCCUGCACGAACUAACACUGAAUUCGUGCAAGUGUUGUCUUCUUCACACCUUAAAAUGCGUGUUUGGGAGCGUGGUGCAGGCGCAACACUGGCCUGUGGGACAGGAGCUUGUGCAGUAGUUGUUGCUGCAGUGCUCGAGGGUCGUGCUGGGAGGAGCUGCACCGUUGAUUUACCCGGUGGGCCGCUUGAGAUCGAGUGGAACAAGGAUGACAACCAUGUAUAUAUGACUGGCCCUGCAGAAGUGGUCUUUUAUGGAUCUGUUCCUCUUUAAAGCCCUUAGUUCCUUGAUGAAAUGCUCAAACACUGUUGAUUAAAGAGAAACUCUCAAGUCUAGAAUGAACAAACUCUUUCCUUCCACAUCCGGAUUGGGGCACUAUUAUCAUCAUCUUUAGCUUUCUGUUAAUACUGAUCUUGUACUACACAAAUAUUUUCGCCAGUUAACUCUAUCCUGCCACAUGGAUCACCUAUUCAUAAAGUGAAGAAAUUUACUCGUUGGCGUCA